CGGUUUUUUGAGAGUAGGUGUGAAUUGUAAAAUAUCGCUGUGAGUGUGUGUAUGCUUGUAAAAAAGUUACAGCAACAAGAAAUUGGUGUAAAUGAAAACAUUCUAAGAGAAUAACGAAAAUUCAUUACAAUUGCCUAUGCAGUUUCGCACGUGUUUUCGCAAUAGAGAAAAAUAGUUGGCAAAAAGUAUAAAAUUGAUUUCUUAUUUUUGGGUAAUACAGUGCCAAUAAGCGCGGCCAUUUUUUCUUUGCGUAGUUUUUUGUGGGCAGUACUUGCAUGUGUGUGCGUACUUUUCGUAAUUCAUGCGACGGUGUGCCGAAAACAAAGGAUGAAUGUAGAAGAAAAUUAAAGAAAAAAUUGUGUUGAAGGAGGAGCGGUAAAAAAUAACAACAAUAAGUAGUGUCGGUUGUGUUUUCAUUUGCACUGUGACUUGUGUUGGUACGUACAUACAUACAUAUGUGCGCACUGACCGUAGUUGUUGAAUGCUGUGAAAGUGAAGAAGAGUAGGUAUAGAAAUUGUUAUAAACAACAGCACCCACAUCAGUGCUUAUUCGUAAACAUUGUACAAAAACUAUGAAAAAAUUGCAAAUACUAAACAAAAUAAAUAAUGCAAUAACAGCUACAUUGGAAAAUUGAUAAUUAUCACUUCGGUAGCGCGAAAAUAUUUUAAAACGUAGAAAACAAAGUCGCGAAAAACUCACUACUUAGUUGCGGCUUUAAAAAAGUAAAUAAUACUGAUGCGAUUGUGCCAUUGUGUCAAAUCGUUCGAAUAGAUAAAAAACGAUAAAAGUUCUCAUAAUUGCAAUUGUGCAUGAAACAUUAAUUAUACUUGGUGAACGAACAAUUGAUGUAAAUAUAAAAGUUCGCGCCAACCCUUGGUCUGAGACAAUUGAGCUGCUGCUGCUAUUAUUAAAAUAUAAAUUGCGCUGACAUCGGCGGUUAUCGAAUUGACGAAAUUAAUUGGCUGGCGCCAUCAUUCGAUCAAAAAAUACGCGAAACAAAAUUUGCUGCAGUUUUUUACCAACCACUCUUCGCAUAACACUCCUACCACAUAACGGCUUCAACUGACGGCUGCGUAACGCACACAUUAUACUAUUACAACAAUACUGCAGCGGUGUGACACACAACGCCGCGUUCAAAGAAAUGGCCGAAUUACCCGCUCCCCCAAGUGAUUAUCUCCACCGUUCGAUCGAUCAGCUGCGUUCGAUGAACGAACGCAAUGUCCUCUCCUCACUAAGCCAUCAUCUGACGCCGGUGGAAUUGCGCAAUGCCGCACAGUUGGCGGCACACGAUUACAAACCAUUUAAUAUCAAUGAAUUUCGUCAGAAUGUUGAGCGUUUAGAUUAUUCGUUGAAGAAUGGCCUUAUACACCAACAACAGCAGUUGCUCGCUGAUCAUCAGCAGCAGCAGCAACAACUCCAACAACAGCAAGCGCAUGAACAACAACAGCAGCAACAUCAUCAGCAACAGCAACAACAACAGGCGGCUCAUCAACAGCAGCAGCAGCAGCAACAACAACAACAGCACCAACAGCUGCAGCUUAAACAAUCGUAUAGUCCGCCAAAUUCACCGGCCACACCCACCAUGACCGAACAACCCGAGCAGAAGUAUGAUCCACAUGCUGCUGCUGUCGAACAACAACAACAACAACAGCAACAACACACCGUCAAUCAGAAGCAACAACGUAACCAACAAGGCUCCCCUGAAGGCCGUGACGCCAAGCCCUACAAAUGCACGCAAUGCACAAAAACCUUCGCUAAUUCCUCCUACCUCUCACAACACACCCGCAUCCAUCUGGGCAUCAAGCCAUAUCGUUGUGAGAUCUGCCAACGCAAAUUCACACAGCUGUCGCACCUGCAACAACACAUUCGCACACAUACCGGGGAUAAACCAUACAAGUGCCGCCAUGCCGGCUGCCCCAAAGCCUUCUCGCAACUCUCCAAUCUGCAAUCGCACUCUCGUUGCCAUCAAACGGACAAACCAUUUAAAUGUAACUCCUGCUACAAAUGCUUCACCGACGAAUUAACGCUGCUCGAGCACAUACCCAAACACAAAGACUCGAAGCACUUGAAGACGCACAUCUGCAACCUGUGUGGCAAGUCGUACACACAGGAGACCUACCUGCAGAAGCAUUUGCAAAAACACGCCGAAAAGGCGGAGAAGCAACAGCAACGACAGGCCAGCGCAACAAGUAAUGCGCAACACCAUGUGCCUGCCGGCGGUAUCGGCCUCAAUUUGCAGCGACAGGUGGUGAUGAAUGCUGCCGCAGCGGCCGCAACUAGUGAUCCCAAUUCGUAUUGGGCGAAAAUGGGUGCUGAUAGUGGCGUGAAUGCUGCGACACUCGCUGAAGCUAUACAACAGCAACAGCAGCAAGCUGCCGCCGCAGCAGCAGCAGCCGCAGCGGCUGCGCAACAGCAGCAACAACAUGCUCAGAAUGGCUACAACUUUGCGACGCUGCAACAGCACCAACAACAGCAACAGCAGGAGCUACUGCAACACCAUCAGCGGCUGGUGAAUGGUGGAGCGGGCAGUGGUGGGGAUAGCGCUGGCAGCGGCAACACGCCGAAUCACUCACACUCGCCCAACGAUGAGGGUGAGGACUUGGUGAUGCGUCAAACUCCCCAACAUCAUCUGCAUCAGCAGCAGCAACAACAGCAACAACAACAACAUCAGCAUCAACAGUCACACUCACCCAAUCCACUUCUAAUGGGCAAUGCAGCAGCUGCAGCAGCGGCGGCGGCGGCGGCCGCAGCCAACUACGACGUGAAAACAACCAGCGCCUUCACGCCCAUCAACACGGCGCCACCACAUUUGAAUGCGCUGUCUGCACAACAACGUCCACCCGCUGCAGCGUACCUGUAUCAGCAGAAUGCCGCCGCAGCCGCCGCUUUCCCAACACAACUUAUCUCAUUGCACCAGAUACGCAACUAUGCACAUCAGCCCAGCGCAGCGGCAGCAGCGGGGCUAUUGGCCAGCGAUCACCUGCUCGGUUUGACCGGUGUAACCGCGGGCGGUGCCGGCAAAGAUAAGGGUCAAUAGUACGCCGCACUGCACAGCAGUGAUGGCAACAGUAACGGCAGGUAUGGUAAUAAGUUCAAAAAGUCGAAGAAACGGGUACACGAGCGUGCACGUGAUCGCAGUUGAUUUUACUGAGGCGCUUAGGCGCAAGGGCAGAGAGUUAGUUGCCUAUCGGCAGGAGGGCGCGCAACGACCCUAUGCAUGUUUGAUAAAGCGAGCUCCCAGUGCGCACACAUGGGAUGACAGUACUACAACUGCAAUAACAACAUCAAAUACACAACAACAAACAACACUAAAAACUCAGGUUUUAAUGAUAAUUUCAGCAAAGCGGUAAAACGGAGAACGAAAAUUACACAAAAUUUCGAAGAAAUAAAACAUUAGUUAGAAUCAAUUGGAGUAAAACAACAUGUAUAUUUACUAGUGUCUUAGCUCUGCGAAUUUUUCAACGCUACUUCCUCUCAACUUUAUAUUAUGCAGUGAAAUUUCCCAUAACGGACAGUCUUCAUAGUCGGAUAUCUCCCAUAACUGGACAAAUUUGAUGAACACAACGUUUUCAUUAAAAUUUUUAUACAAAACCAUUUCCUAUAACCGGACAUGAGUACGUUCCAAGUACAGGACACGGACACAGUUUUGGUAAUAUUUAGUUAAAAUUAUCUCUGACAAACGGACAAGAUUUUAUAAAAUUUGUCAAGAAUACUGUGUACAAUUCACGGUUUUUAAAAUUCUUAUUAACUUUUUUGGUGUUUUGAGACAGUUUUUUUAAAGAACAAAAUGUAAAAUAAUCACAGCAAACAAAUUGUCUUGCACUGGUGUAAUCUGGUUCGCACUGGCGCAACGGAAACUAAUAAGAUUAUUUUCAUUCAUUCACAGCUGACUGACAUUGGCUCGCAUUUAUUUGUUAAAUAGAAAUAUAGUUCUGAGUUGCAGCUUCUGACGCUAAGAAUACAUUUGAAACACACGUUUUUGUCAAGACCUCAUAAAUAUGUAUAUGGACAGCUCAAUUAGCCGGACAAAAGCACUGCGAUCGUAGGUGUCCGGUUAUAAGAAAUUUCACUGUAUAUGGUUGCUUACAAGUGCAAAUAUGCAUUUGUGUAUGUCUGUAUAAAUGCAAUAGGAUGCCUAAACCUUUUGCACGUUUCUAUGGCAGGUGCUUCUCAUACUCACUUUAUACCUGUAAAUUCACUCGUUUUAUACCAACAUGUUGCUUCUUCUAUUUUUCCUCUCAUUUAUACUACGCCUGCGCGCCUUGACAGUAUACAAAUUCUACAAAUUGUAGUUCAUAAUUAUAGUAAUUAAAAGUAGUUAUCGAUUAGUUACCCGUCUAGCAAUUAGGUAAUCGUAUUAUAGCAAAAGUAGUUUGAUAAGCCGAAUUUACUUUAUUCAGUAAGAAACAGCUAAGGUUAAGAAUUGUGUAAUUACAGACAAAAGUAUAUCAUUGUAUGUAGUUUAUAUACAUUUGUAUGUGUAUGUACAUAUAUUUGAUUUUAGUUUUUUUACCAAAAUAUUUUUUAUGCGGUGUCCAUUUUAAACUUCUUAAAGUUUUGUUAAACAAAAUAAUAUAUUUUAAUUCCUUUGUAAAAAUGCUAAAACUUUUUUAAUUUUAUGUAUGCAUAUGCAUUAAGUAUUGAAUAAGUUUCUGUAGUCAAUUAAGUGAUUGCAUCCUUUGUAGCAACGAAUUUAUGAAUCUCAAUAAAAUUUCACACCCUUUCAUAUAAUAUAUAUCUAUGUA